AGAAGAGGCCGAUGUUCGUAGUCUGUUCUUAUUUCAAGACCGUUUUAAGUGAUGUCUUAAGAUGCCGAAAUACGGCUCUGCGAUUGGCCUGCGACAUCAUGAGACGGUACUGAAGACGGUCUUGAAUUAAUAUAAAAAGUCGAUUACGAAUACCGUCCCAGCUCACCGUGCCACGUCCGCACCGGUCGGAAUUUGACCCGGAGACCCUCGGUGCAUUUCGGGCUCUUGGAAUUGUACUUAUCGUUGUGAAAUGCAAAUAAAAGGAUUUCCCGCACGUUCGUAAUCGAUCAGUGGUGGUGCUCCGUUUGCUUGACGCACUAUUUCCGUUUCGUCCAGUGAGAUUUCCCCAUUCACGCUCCACCUCGCGUGUAGGAGAAAUCGUGGAAGAUGAAGGCCUGGCAGGACGCAGCGAGUUUGAUGUUAGCAGCACGCCACGGGCAAACGUACGGUCGCGCGGUGUCGCCUGCAGUCCACAACUACAAGCUGCUGUGCUUGAAGCGUCAUCAAAAGUCGAGCUUCAUGCCGGGAUUGUACGUCUUCCCGGGCGGCACGGUGGACCAGGCUGACGCGAAUCUGAAGUGGCGCGAGCACUUCGCUGCCUUCGGCCUGGACAACGACAGGCUCGCGUCUCUAGUGCCGAGGACCGCGUCGCGACCGCAGAUCUUCCGGUCGGGGGAGAACGAGCUGCUCAGGGAGGUCUCGCUACGCAUCACGGCGAUUCGCGAGACCUUCGAGGAGUGCGGGAUACUGAUAUGCAGACGUGACAAAGGCGGCCGGGCUCGUCCCGGCUGGGCCGAGCAUAUAUCACUUCCCGAGGGCGAGCGGCAAGCGUGGCAGAGCAAGGUCCACAACGACGCGACGGAAUUCCUCAAUCUCUGCCAGAAGUUGGAGUGCUAUCCGGACUUGUGGGCGCUGUACGAAUGGAGGAACUGGUUGACACCCGUCAUGACCACGUACGAGAAACGCUUCAACACCGCCUUCUACCUGGCUUGCAUGCCGCAUGUGCCGCACGCCGAGUACGAAGCCACGGAGAUGGAGGAUCUGAAAUGGGACACCCCGGAGAAGCUUUCCACGAUGGGUAUCACGUUUCCACCGCCGCAGCAGUGCGAGAUCGCCAAGUUGACCAAGCUCAAAAGUAUAGACGAUCUCCUGGACACCGCUGUGAAGUACAAUAAAGAAGGCGCGCAGUUGUAUCUACCGGUGCAUAUACUCAUGAAGGAUGGCGCAUCGCACGUCUUGCCUGGAGACACGAUGUACCCGGAGCAAGUUGACUUGUUUGAAAAACAGCUGAUCGACAAGUCAGAUAUCACCAUGGACGAGUUUGACAAAUUAUCGCCGAUAAAAAAUAGAACGCAUUUUCUUGACACGCAUGUUAACGUAAUUUUCACCGAUAACGGCGAAGACAGUCGUGUGGUGUUUCCAAUGCCCGGGUAUUCGAAGAUAGCGCAUGGAAAUGAGGAAACUAAAAAUAAGCUCUAGCACGAAUAAUAUAUGGAAAGCAUUCGAUUUCGAGUUCGAGAGAAUUCGCUUUAACGAGAUUUUCAAAUGUUAAACAAUGCAUGGACUUGAUAAGGAGUUAUUGAGAGGACUUUUCCUAAAAAUAAUAUUGUAUAUAAAUAACG